CGCGCAGCGCCGCCGCCUGAGAGCAAACAAAGUGCUGCGGGCGGGAGACUUGGCGGCGGCGGCGGCGCUCGCGGACCUUGCUCGGCCUUCCCGGUCACCCUCUCCGCGGUCUUCCCGAGUGUGUGCGUGCGUGUUUCCUUACAAAGGGCAUUUUACGAUUGAUCUAUUCGUAGUCCUACCCUUUUGCCCUUUGUGCUGUAACCUCGCUCCCGCUAUUGCAGGUGCUGCUUCCUCCCCAUGCCGGCCUCUCCGCGUGCGCUGGUCGCCGGUGUGUGCCUUCGGUCCCGGCUUCGCUCCUGCAGCGCCCCCUGCCCCUUCUCCCCCGCCGCCUGCCAUGGCGACCGCGGCCCCCGCCCCGCGGGCGGGCAGCCGCGCCAGGGGUCCCGCCACGCCGCUGAGCCCUAUGCGGCUGUCGGGGCUGCAGGAGAAGGAGGAGCUGCGCGAACUCAGUGACCAGCUGGCUGUGUACGUCGACAAGGUGCGCAGCCUGGAGACGGAGAACAGGGCGCUGCAGCUGCAAGUGACGGAGCGGGAGGAGGUGCGCGGCCGCGAGCCCACCGGCUUCAAGGCGCUGUACGAGACCGAGCUGGCCGUCGCGCGCCGCACGCUGGACGACACGGCCCGCGAGCGCGCCAAGCUGCAGAUGGAGCUGAGCAAGUCCAAAGCCGAGCACGACCAGCUGCUCCUCAAUUUCUCUAAGAAAGAAUCUGAUCUUACUGGAGCCCGGCUGAAGCUUCGGGAAUAUGAAGCAGGUCUGAAUUCUAAAGACACAGCUCUAACCACCGCUCUUGGGGACAAAAAAUACUUAGAGGGAGAUUUGAAGGAUCUGAAGGAUCAGAUUGCCCAGUUGGAAGCCUCCUUAGCUGCUGCCAAAAACCAGUUAGCAGAUGAAACUUUGCUUAAAGUGGACUUUGAGAACCGCUGUCAGAGCCUUGAUGAGGACCUGGAGUUCCGUAAAAACAUGUAUGAGGAGGAGAUAAAUGAGAUGAAAAGGAAGCAUGAAACACGCUUGGUAGAGGUGGGUUCUGGGCGUCAGAUCGAGUAUGAGUACAAGCUGGCUCAAGCCCUUCGUGAGAUUGGAGAGCAACACGAUGCCCAAGUGAAGCUGUACAAGGAAGAGCUGGAACAGGCUUACCACGCCCAACUCGAGAAUGCCAGGCUGUCAUCGGAAAUGAAUACUUCCACUGUCAACAGUGCCAGGGAAGAACUGAUGGAAAGCCGCAUGAGAAUUGAGAGCCUUUCAUCUCAGUUUUCUAAUCUACAGAAAGAGUCUAGAGCAUCUUUGGAGAGGAUUCAAGAGUUGGACGACUUGCUUGCCAAGGAAAGAGACCACUUUCGGCGCGUGCUGUCUGACAAAGAGAGGGAGAUGGUGGAAAUAAGGGACCAGAUGCAGCAGCAGCUGAAUGACCGUGAGCAGCUUCUCGAUGUAAAGUUAGCCCUGGACAUGGAAAUCAGCGCUUACAGGAAACUUCUGGAGGGUGAAGAGGAGAGAUUGAACCUCUCUCCAAGCCCUUCCUCCCGCGUGAUGGUGUCGCGAGCGUCCUCAAGUCGCAGCGUUCGCACAACUAGAGGGACGAAGAGAGUCGAUGUGGAGGAGUCAGAGGCCAGCAGCAGUGUUAGCAUCUCUCAUUCUGCUUCAGCCACUGGGAAUGUCUGUAUUGAAGAGGUAGACGUGGAUGGGAAGUUUAUCCACCUGAAGAACACUUCCGAGCAGGAUCAGCCAAUGGGAGGCUGGGAGAUGGUUGGAAAAAUUGGAGACACAUCAGUCAUUUAUAAAUAUACCUCAAGAUAAGUGCUGAAGGCGGGGCAGACAGCUACAGUCUGGGCUGCGAAUGCUGGAGUCACAGCCAGUCCUCCCACUGACCUCAUCUGGAAGAACCAGAAUUCCUGGGGCACUGGUGAAGAUGUGAAGGUCAUACUGAAGAACUCCCAGGGAGAGGAGGUUGCUCAAAGAAGUACAGUCUUUAAAACAACCAUACCGAAAGAGGAAGAGGAAGAAGCAGCCAAAGUGGCUGUUGAGGAAGACUUCCACCAGCAGGGAGCCCCAAGAGCGUCCAAUAAAAGCUGUGCAGUUUCGUAAAACUUCUCAAGUCAACUGUCUUCCUCAGAGUAAGGAAGGGUGGUGAUCCUUACCUACAUGCAGUACAGAGCCUUCUCCGAAGCACAGAGUAUUUUUAUGUUUUCUUUAUGUGAAUUUUUAAGCUGCGAAUCUGAUGGCCUUAAUUUUCUUUUUUGACACUGAAAGUUUUUUAAAAUAAACUCAUACCCAUACAGUUUGUUGCAAGAUGUGAAAUAUUGACACUGAAUUAAUUGUGUGCUGUUUGGAAAGGAUCCCUCAAGUUUUCUGAUACUUUUUUGUAUGUGUUUGUUUUUUAAGUUUAUGAGAAGGUGAGGGGAAGGGACGGUAAAUAAACCACUGUGUGUCUGGAUAUAAUUUGAAGAUUGCUCCAUCUAGAUAGCAGUCUGCUCUUGAUUUUUCUCUGCUAUAUACAACGGUGCUGUGAGGGAGGGGAAAGCAUUUUUCAAUAUAUUGAACUUAUGUACUGAAGUUUUUGUAAUAAACAAGUCUACAAAUUU